UUUUUUUACUUACACUAUACAUUACUUAUACUUUUUUUAUUAACCAACAGUAAAUAGUGGAAUCGAGUUGUUUGUAAUUUAAAAUAAAAAUAUUUUUAUAAAUUUAUAAAAACUUGAAAUUUAAAUUUCAAAUUUUUUAUCAACAUCUCAACGUAAAAAGAUCGAGUACUAAGCAUUUAAAUUAGCAAUGGAAAGUCCAGAAAGUUCAGAACAAUCGAAUGUAGAAGAACGACUAAAUAUUUCAGCAGAAUUGACAGAUGAACAAGAAACUCCAGAAGAACCUGAAAGUGUUCCAGUAGUUGAUGAAGAGACAAAAGAAAAAUUACUAAAAUUACCUCUUGGAAGAGUUAAAAUAAUUGCUAAAACAGACCCAGAUGUUAAUUUAAUAAAUCAGGAGGCCAUGUUCCUCAUUACUAAAUCAACGGAAUUAUUCAUUGAUUCGAUAGCCAAAGAAGCUUAUAAAUAUACCGUUCAGGCAAGAAAAAAAACAGUUCAAAAAAAAGAUUUGCAACAGGCUAUUGAUAAUAUUGAUGCGCUUGCAUUUUUAGAGGGAAUGUUGGAACAGUGGACGUAAUUAUUUAAUAUAUUUUAAUAAGUUACGAAAUUUUUCAUUUUUUAGUUUUUCUUUUUUUUUAUCAAUACAAUAAAUAAAAUAAAUUUUAUACUUUUAAUUAUCAAUGUUUAUUUAUUCUUACUAAUUAUUAAAUAAGAAAUAAAAUAAUUUUUAAGAAACAUUUUUUUUUAUUCAUAAA